UGUCACUUGCCGCACACCAUAGUUUUAGUUUGGAAAAAAAACCUAGUAAACCCUCUCUGUCUUUCUCUUUCUGUUGCUCAUCAACAUCUGUACCAUUUUAAGUUCAAAUCAAACUAAUAAUUAUGUCUCUCUCACUCAACCUCAAUCCCUUGCCUAAACUUUCAAAAAACUUCACCAUUUCAUCGCCACUCAAAUUCAGAAACUUAAAAACUGCAGCAAUAAGAUCAGUUCAAGAAGACGACUCUGAUAAAAGCAAUAAGUUGUCGGCAAGCAGCCUUAAGCCUCUCUACCUGACCGUAGCCGGAGGUCUCGGCAUUUCUUGGUUAGUAGUGAAGGGAAAGCAAGCAUCUAAUGGUUUGUCUCUUGGGUUUAUUAAGCCCAAUUUGGAGCCCAAUGACUUGCCCACUUUGUUUAUACGAAGCCCUCUAUUUCUAUGGGAAACGCUUAAAGAAGCCAUCACAGUAUACACGGGUCUGUCUCCGGCGACUUUCUUUACAGUUCUGGCUUUGGGUUUAGCCGUUUACUAUGUGAUUUCCGGGAUGUUUGGAUCAUCGGAUAGUCAUCAUCAAAGACCCAGAAGCUUUGAGGAACAGCAGCCACUUCCACCUCCAGUUCAGCUGGGUGAGGUCACUGAAGAACACCUCAAACAAUAUGAUGGCUCUGAUCCUAAAAAACCUUUGCUUAUGGCUAUCAAGGGUCAGAUCUAUGAUGUCUCUCAAAGCAGGAUGUUUUACGGACCAGGUGGACCGUACGCAUUGUUUGCUGGAAAGGAUGCCAGCAAGGCUCUUGCAAAGAUGUCCUUUGAGGACAAAGAUUUGACUGGCGACAUCUCUGAUCUUGGUCCGUUUGAGCUGGAGGCCUUGCAGGAUUGGGAGUACAAGUUCAUGAGCAAGUAUGUCAAGGUCGGAACCAUCCAGAAGCUGGUUCCAGUUACUGAUGAAGCUGCUUCUGUUAGUGAAGCUGCCGAAGCUAAAGAUGCUGAUGUUGCUAAGCCUGCUGAAGCUAAAGACGCUGGUGAUGCUAAGCCUGCUGAAGAUGCUGAUGCUGCUAAACCUGCCGAAGAUGUUCCAUUGGCUACUCCAGCAGUGGAAUCACAUUCUGAUGCUGAAGCUAAGGAAUAAUUUUGAGACUUGCAUACAUUAUCAGAAAUCUCGGAAAUAAUUACCUUUAGAGAUGCCAAUGUUUGUUCAGAUGCAAGUAUUUAUUGAACUGUGUUUGACAUUAUAGAGUAUUUUGUCAAUGUAGUAUAGUUCUGUUACAAACUUGUUUAGCGUUGAGACCGUAAAAGAAUAAUGUGGUAUCUUUAACUUUCAAGAAUCCAUCAGCCAAAUGUCUAAUGUGCACUAUUUCAACAAUCCAGAGGAUUCAGAACUUGCGAUACUUAAGAAUAAUAUGUGAUUUUCUUAUCUA